AUGGCAUUCGCUAAAGAUAAUCCAUUAAAUUUCGAUAUUAUUUCAUGGGAUACAAUAAGUAAUUAUUUGAGAGAAAAUAUUCAAGUAAAACGAAGUGAUAAUUGGUUACAAUUACUUGAUGAACGUGUCGCUAAUUCUCAUCGUGAAUUAGCUUGUUCGACACCCGCUAUUGAUAAUUAUAUGCAAUGGGUACGAUCACGAGGAAAAAAUAUUAAAGCUGGAUCGAAAUCAAUUCCAUCAUCAAUUUUAGGACCAAAGAUAAUCGCAGGUGAAAUUAUUGAUGUUCGAAUUUCUUGUCGAGGCCCAGAUGAUAAAUUAUACGAUCGAGACGAACAAUUACGACAGCGUUUACCACGUGGAUGUACUCUGAUUCAAUGUAGAUUGAAAGAUGAGGCUCAGCCUCGUUUAGAUUUUGGUCUUUUCGCAUUGAGAAAAUUUAGUGGUGGUCUCGGAGAUGACGACGAUCGCGAAGAUGAUAAUCAAGCAUGGCUUCGUUAUUUUCUUGAACACCCUAAAACAGCAUCUCAAAUAAUCUGUACAAAAAAGGUUAACGGUGAAGCAUGCCAUUUAUCAUGUAUAUCUCUGCCGCCCAAUAAUCGUUUAUUCUUAAUUGCUGGUUCAAAAAACGUCCAUUUAUGUUUCCGUAGUCAUUCCGAUAUAGCAAUGUACGGAGAUGACACGACAUAUAAUUAUGCGAGCUCAUUUUGUCAUACAAUACUCGAUACAUUAUCAUCUAUGCCUGAUCAAGGUUCAAAGUUAUUAAAUUUCCUAUCAUUAACACGUUAUACAGCUGUUUUUGAAAUACUUAAUUAUUCGCAUCAACAUGUUGUUAAUUUAUCGUAUUUAAAAAAUGAAACGAAUCGCUCCGAAUUAAAAUUUAUAACAUUUGCACAAGUACCACAAGAUUUUGGACAGGCUGUGACGAAUCUCUGUGCAUUGCCGCCGGAUUAUGGUAUUGAAAUAGCUCGUUCAUUACAUUUAUCUACGACAGAUUAUGAUAUUAUUGAAAAUCAACCACAUCUUCUCAAUGCAUAUUUAACAUCGAUAAAAUAUCGACACGAAUGUGAAGGUAGCGUUCUUUAUUUUCUUAAUAAGAAUGAUCAAGUAAUUGGCUUAUUAAAAAAGAAGACCAUAUGGUAUGUUAUACUUCGUGCUAUACGUGAAAAAGCUCGUCCAAUGUUAGGCGAAUGGGAAAAAAAUCGUAAAAUGGAUUUACCGGAAACAAUAGAGAGAACAAGUCGUCGGUUAAGUGCUAUACAAAAAUGGUUAGGAUUUUCUAGAGAAAUACUUGAUCGAUGGACAAUCCUAGCCGGAGAAUUCCUUAAAUGGUUAAGUGAAGGAGCUAAGAAGAAAUCGAUUUUACGAAAUGAUGUUGCUGAUGAAUAUCCAAUACUUUGGUCGAAAUUUUUGAAUGAAACUAAUAAUAAAGACGAUUUUAUGACAAAUAUGGUUGAUAAUAAUGGCGAAGAAGACAUUUGGAAACAAUUAAAUGAGCUGAAAAUAAGUGAACAUCGAAAUAAAAAUGAAAACAGGCGUAAACAUGCAAAGAAAGAUAAACAAACGACUGAUAUAGCAGGUGAUGAAAAUAUUGGUUUAGACCUUCCAGAUUCAGAAGAAAAUAAUAAUGACGAGGAACAAGAAGAAAACUAA